GUCAGGUCUCUCUCAAUGAUGAGGUUUCAAGUGCGCCUUUGAGAUGUUAUGGAGUCUGUAGAAUAUUCUACAAUUUCUUACUUUUCUGAUUCCUCGAUGUUAAAUCAACAGUUCUAUCCUUAAAACGCAAGAUCAUCCUGUACGUGUAAACAUACCUUUUUAUUUUAUAUAAUUUUCAUUUGUGAAUAUAGGCUUCUUUAAGUUUUUCCAUGCAGCGAAAAUGUUGAAAGUUUUGUGAGGACACUCCUUCUUCAGGAGCCGAACGGACCAAGCCUACUGCUGUCAAAUUGGAGGGCAUAUCAGCUCUUUCAGUUUCUUUAAGGGUGCUAGCAGAGAAACGCAGAAACUUCAGUGGAGGAACAGGAGCAAGGAUCUGGGAUUAGAGUUUCAUCAUGGGUAAACAGAACAGCAAGUUGCGCCCUGAGGUCCUGAAUGACCUGCGAGAGAACACAGAGUUCACAGACCACGAGCUGCAGGAAUGGUACCGCGGUUUCCUGAAGGACUGCCCUUCCGGCCACUUAACUGUUGAGGAAUUCAAGAAGAUUUAUGCCAAUUUCUUUCCAUAUGGUGAUGCUUCAAAGUUCGCAGAGCAUGUCUUUCGCACCUUUGACACCAACGGUGAUGCCACUAUUGACUUCCGGGAGUUCAUAAUUGCACUGAGUGUGACCUCGCGCGGAGGCCUGGAACAGAAGCUCCGUUGGGCCUUUAGUAUGUAUGACCUGGAUGGCAAUGGAUAUAUCAGCCGAGCUGAAAUGUUGGAGAUAGUACAGGCAAUUUAUAAAAUGGUGUCAUCUGUAAUGAAGAUGCCUGAGGAUGAGUCAACUCCAGAGAAACGAACAGACAAGAUAUUCCGACAGAUGGACGUGGACAACGAUGGCAGACUCUCUCUUGAGGAAUUCAUCAAAGGUGCCAAGAGCGACCCCUCUAUUGUCAGACUACUACAGUCUGACCAAAGCACGUCUCGACAGUUAUAAAUACAGCUGUUAAAAGCAGCUGACAGGCAACCACUCACAUGCGCACUCA